AAAAAAAAAAAAAAAGCAUUCAGACCCGCCUUCUUCCUCCUCCCCUCUACGUCGCCAUUCCCUUCCUGUAUACAUUCGAAUCACUCUACAUCCAUACUCUUCAGCGAUGGCUCCCGUAAAGACAAGAUCAACCUCAUCACGGCAUCGUCCUCACCGCGGAUACAAGGCCGAUCCAGAGGACACCAACGACGACGAGGACUUUUACGGCAUGCGAGAGCUCAAGCAUCAGCUUGCCAGUCUAAAUCUCCAGCUUAAAGACACAAUGGGCGAUGGCAACUGCCUCUUCAGGGCCUGCGCAGACCAGUUCUACGGCAUCGAGAAAGACCAUACGUCACUGCGCGCAGAGGUCUGUCAGUACAUCGAGGAGCACACAGAGCACUUCAAGUCGUUUCUCGACAACGAGACCGUCGAGGCCCAUGUGGCCCAGAUGCGUAAAAACGGGACCUAUGGUGGCAACAUUGAGCUUGUCGCCUUUGCACGCAUGAAGCGGGUUGAUAUCAAGGUCUACCAGCCUGGAUAUAUAUUUGUGAUCGAGGGAGUCGAUGUCAAGAAGGAGGGAUCCAGUCCAGGACAGCGGCCGACCAUGCACAUCGCGUACCACAGCUGGGAACACUACUCUUCAAUACGCAACAUUGACGGCCCACACGAGGGCUUGCCAGAGAUCAACCCUCGCCCCACCAAACAACAACCACUUGCAAAACUUACCAACAAAGAUCCACCACGGGCCAUUGAGCGUGAAAUCAUGAAAAUCUCAGGCGUUAACGAUCUAGAGCUUAUCCGUGAACUGCUCGAAAAGUAUCGUGGUGAUUUCGACUGCGUUUACAACGACCUUGCAGAGAAAGUAUUUGCAGAUGCCAAUGGUAGCGAUCGUGACGAUAACAGUAGUCCUGAAGGCGAAACCAAAGAAGAGUCCAAGGGUUCGGUUCAAAAGACUAAAGGUGAACAGGAUACGAAAGCGGGCAAGACAAAAGAUCCCAAGGCAGGGACCAAGGAUGAAAUCAUCACAGCACCUGAUCCGCCUUCUCAGAGCAACUCGAUUGAUACCGAACCUUCAGUAGCAUGUUCAAAGUCCUCUUCACGCGCAUCAUCUCCAGGCUUUGUACCCUCACGGACAGGUUCACCAGCAAUAUCAUCUACUGAAACACCUAUGGCAUCGGAUGAACCAGCACAAGGUGUGAUUCCUAAAAAACGAAUAUCUGCAAGAGAAAAGAAGGAGUUGGCGAAGCGGAAUCAGAAGCUGAAUCGAAAGAACAAGGGUAAAGUCGGAGCUGCAAGUGCCGACGCCAGUCCGAGUAGCAAUAGCAGCAGUGGCGGCGAGCGGAACUCAACAGAUCAUCCGGCAAGUCGAGCAGGCAGCAACAUGCGAGAGCUCUUUGUCUAACCAACAGUGUACAAAUGUAUUCGCUAUAAUGAAAUAAACCAGCUUUUUUUUUGGCGCCGAUGUUUCUUUGUGGUGCCUUUUUGAUCUAUCCAUUCAAAGAGCCUUUGUGGGGGAUGUCGCGGUCUAAAGGAAUUCCUCUGCCUGCACACAGCCACAUUUUGUGUUUG